GUUCGCCCAUGGAAUGGGCGAGGGCCGCCGCGGCGGGAGCGGGCGGCCUGGCACAGUUGGGAAGCCUCUGGUACGGCCAGAGGUGCACCUGCCAGGUGGACCUCGGCGAGGGGUUCUCGGUCGACCGCGAGCUGCUGCGCCUGCUGGAGCGCCAGCUGCAGCGUUGCUGGCCGGCCAACCUCACUGUCCCCGCGCCGUGUGCGCCGCCUGAGCGUUCGGGCUACCAGGGCCUCGUGGUGCUGCUGGUGGCGGUGCUGGCGCCUGGCGGGCGUCUGCGCCUCGACGGCCCGCGGCUAGUGGGCCAGCGAGUGCUCGUCUCCUACGACGUGGACCCGCGUGAGCUGCUCUGGCAUGAGCGGCUCUUGUGCGCUCACGUGCACGAGGGCUCGUGGGUGGUCGCCGCGCCCGAGCGCGACAUCUACCUGGAGGACCUUCAAGACGGGAUCGAGAGCUCGGUACCGAUCGGGCCGAUGGGUGGGCUGCCGUCGGGCUGGAGCCGCUGGCCGACGCACAUGUCCCAGGGCUCGUCCCAGGGUCCUCUGCACCAGGCCGAGAGCUUGCGCCUGCAGGCGGAAGGUGCGGAGCUGGCGGAGCAGGAGCGGCGUGACCUCGGCCUCGGUGCUGCUCGGCCUGCGCACCUCCCCUCCGGAGCGCCGCCGCCGCUGGCGUUGGAGGGCGGCCCCGCUGUGGACGAGGGCGAGUGGCGCUUUUCCGAGAGUCGAGGAGAGGCGCGCUUGGGCGAGCGCGCUGGUGUUGCAGAGCUGGAGGCUGGCUGCCGCCGCGGCGAUCGAGGGGUGGCCCAGGUGGGCGGCCUCUUCGUCGCGCGCUCCUUCUUCCGGCCAGGCGAGGAGGUGCCGACGCCCAGGGGAGGGGCCGCCCUGGGGAAGCCUCCCAGCGAGCUGCGGACGCUCCCCGUGAGGCACGAGAAGGCGAGCCAGCGCUACCGCUCCUACAAGGAGGCCGCGUCUCUCACCAUGUCUACGACUUUCGACGACUGGCCCAUCAGCGGGCCUCGGACGGCGGAGUGGCUCGCGCGCGAGAUCGCUCGCCAGGAGCUGACGCCGGCGCGUAGGCAUUUCUGGUGGCGCCAGCUGUUGGGCCCUGGCCCCAGCGACUGGGGUGCGGGGGGGCAAGGGUCCCUCAGCCGGCUCUUCGAGUGCGCCCCGACGUGCGACCAGCUCAACUUCGGCGAGUUGGCCUCGCUGGAGCUCGCGGGCCGGCGCUACCAGUUGCCGGGGGAGAGGCGCGCACGGGUGCUGAUCUCGGCGACGGCAGGCGGCGACAGCGGCCACCUUGACAACGACAGGCUCUGUGUGGGCGAGGAAGGCUGGCACGGGCGCGCGCUGGUUGCGCCAGCGCUGGAGACCUGGAUCUCGCAGAAGUUGUCAGAGGGGAGCGCCGUGCUCAAGGAGCGCCGCAAGGCCAUGGAGGAGCGUCGACUGGCUCGUUCGACGGACGUGACCCCCGGCGCCUUAAGCAAGAUGAUCGACGACAAGCCCCCCAAGAACCCGCGCAAGAAAGGACGGACGGCGAAGGCGGACGAGGGGGACAUCGCGAUGGAUCCUAUCUUGUCGAGGUCUCCUAGCAAGUUCGCCGAGUUUUGGAACCGCGUUUAUGAAUCUGGUGUCGUCGAGCCGGCGGCCGAGGGCGGCUCGCUGCGGGUCAUCUUCGAUCCUCAGACGACCAACGCGCAGUUCUUGCUGCCCGACGGCGUCGCCCUGGCCUCACCCGAGGCCCUCGGCGAUCUGGAGCUCCCAGCCGGUCAAAAGUUAUGGGUCAGCGAGGGGGGCGUCGAGAACUGCUACUACCAGUUUCUGCUGCCAGUCGAUCUGCGCGCCGACUUCGCGCUGCCGGCGGCGCCGCGUCGGGCGCUCCCGCGACGCUUGCGCGACCUGUUGCCUGCAGGUGCCGAGCUGGUGCGCUUCCAGGUUCGCGUGGUGCCGCAGGCGGCGAAUGCGGAGCUGCUGCGGUCAGGGCCGUUGGGCACUCGACGCUGGCUCUGCAGCCGCCGCUGCGCGCCCGCCGUCGCCGGGCGCGAGCCCGCUGCUCUCCUGCACAUCGACAACUUCGCCUCGCUGGGGGCCGUGAAGGAGGCAGUCCAGGUUGAUGGCGAAUCCAUGGAGAGGCAGCUGAAAGGUCGCGGUCUGGCUACUCACGACGCUUCCGGGCCGCGGGUCGACGUGGGCCGCCAGGGCUUCCACGUCGACGGAGGGAGGGGCGCGAUCCACAUCGCGCCCGAGCCGUUCUGGCGGCUGGUCCUGAGUCUGGACUACAUAUCGACGCAUCCGCUCCUGGCGGGGGCCGAGCUGGAGAGGCUGAUCGGGCGCGUGACGUACGUCCUCUUGCUGCGGCGCGAGAUGCCCAGUCUGCCCAGCGCCUCUUACGACUUCAUCGCCAAGUGCUACGCUCGCCGGGUGCGGCUCUGGCCUUCAGUGCGUCGGGAGCUGUCCUGGACGCGGGCGCUGCUGCCGCUGGCGUGGGCCGAUCUGCGAGGCACUUGGGCACCUAGCGUCAUGGCCGUGGACGCGCCCCUGACGGGCCUGGGCGCCGCGGAGCGCGCGGCCGCCCCAGCCGAGGUGGGCCGCGUCGGGCGCGCGCGAGAGCGCUGGCGGUUCAAGGGGCGCGAGUUGGUGGCCGAGGGCUCGAGGGCUCGCGCCGUGCGAGAGGGCGCCGCAAGCGACUCCGCCUUUCCCGACGUGCCCGCCGAUCUCCGCCAGUCAUCUCUUCGGAAGACUGUGGCUUCGAGGCGCUGGCGGCACAAGGCUCCGAUCCAUCUCAUGGCGGGCGAGGCGCUUCUCUGGGCCAUGCGGAGGCAGGUGCGCCGCGUGGCGCAUCGCGGUUGCCGGCUACUCUUCCUGUCCG